AUGGCAGCAGGAGGACGUCAGAAUGGCGUUCAGCAGCAACAACAACAACAACAACAACAACUUCCCCCAGAGAAUGGAAAGCAAGCAGGCCCAUCGCCACCUCGAAAUUCCGCCCCACCCCCACCUCCUCCUCCUCCUCCUCCCAAUGGCGGCUACGGCUGGGUCUGCACAGUCUGCUGCGCAACAAUCAACGCACACACAUGGGGCCUAAAUUCCUCCUACGGAGUCUUCCUCGCCCACUACCUGCAAAACAACACCUUCCCAGGCGCAACAUAUCUCGAAUACGCAUUCGUCGGCUCCCUCUCGAUUUCCUGCGCCAUGCUUAUAUCUCCCGUCGCCACACUCUCCACGCGAUACUUCGGAACAAAAGUCUCGCUUGGGAUAGGCAUCGUGCUGGAAUCUGCCAGUCUGAUCGGCGCGAGUUUUGCAUCGGAGAUAUGGCAGUUGUUUCUGUCGCAAGGGAUCUGUUUCGGGUUCGGGAUGGGGUUCUUGUUUGUCGCGAGCGUAGGCAUUCCGGCGCAAUGGUUUACGACGAGGAGGAGUCUCGCGAAUGGGAUUUCGGCUUGUGGGUCUGGGUUUGGGGGGUUGGUGUACUCGCUUGCGGCAGGAGCCAUGUUGAAAUCUCUGGGUUUGGCCUGGACCUUUCGAGUCCUUGGGAUUCUGGCUUUUGGAGUCAACACCAUUUGCGCGAUUCUGCUGCGGGAUCGGAAUAAGAUUAUUGGGAGUGCGCAGAAUGCGUUUGAUGUGCAGCUGUUCAAGCGCGUGGAGUAUCUGCUCUUGGGAGGCUAUGGGUGGUUCAGUAUGCUGGGAUAUGUGGUUCUCAUCUUCAGUCUUGCGAACUAUGCGAAUGCGAUUGGCUUGGAUGCUUCGCAAGCGUCUGUGGUGUCGGCGAUUUUGAAUCUUGGGCAAGGACUUGGACGGCCGCCUAUUGGGUAUUUCAGCGAUAAUCUUGGGCGCAUCAAUAUGGCGGCGAUGAUGACUGGACUCUGUGCACUGUUCUCGUUCGCCAUCUGGAUUCCGGCUCAGAGCUAUGGUGUGCUUCUCUUCUUCGCGAUUGUCGGAGGAGCUGUGGCAGGGACGUUCUGGACGACGAUAGCGCCGGUCGCAGCAGAGGUCGUCGGACUCAAGUACGUCCCAUCUGCAUUGAACCUGGAAUGGUUGAUCAUCGUGCUUCCAUGCACAUUCUCAGAGCCGAUCGCAUUGGAAAUUGUGGGCGGCACUGGAAGUUACUUGGGUGCACAGCUGUUCGUUGCUUUCAUGUACAUUGCUGCGGCCGUGUGCUUGGUGUUUCUGAGGGGGUGGAAGAUUGGAGAAGUGGAUGCGAUUGCGAAGUUGAAGGGCGAGUGUGCAGAUAUGGUUGAUGCAGUGGCAGCCGAGAACGAUGAAACGUGGGCUGAACCGGCUCGAAAGGCAGGCCGACAGCGGAUUAUGCUCGACUUCUGGAAAUGGCGGAGGGUGUGAUAGUUUUCCAUUCCAUUGCGGCGUCCAGUCUGUGGGCCACAGCUACAAUUUGGCAUCCUUCCCCGUUCUUCCUCUCCUCAAAAACUCCUUCAACACAUUCCAAGUGACCAUGGCAAUAUCAUUCUGAUACGCAUUCCAGCCCAACGAGCAGUACCAAUUGAUGCUUCCCACACUGAACACUGCUCCACCCGCAUUGGUCUCAUAUAUCACCAUAUCAGACCUGACGCGAUCAGUUUGCGGGCCCAGCGUAUUGACCAGAGGGAACAUGACCUCUUCAUUGAAAAGACAAAAAGUCUCGUCAUGUCCAGUACUCGUGGCGAGGAGGACUGCAUUCUCAGGAGUUCCCAGAUCGUAAUCCAGACGAUCGAUUUCGUCGCCGGAAGCCCCGCCUCCGAAGCCUUGUCUACCGAUGAGAAGUUCGUCGGCUUUUGAUUCAAGACCAUCGAAUAGCCAAGAGAACUUUGAAUCGCGCAUGAUACUUUUUUCGAAGCGGUAAGGUACGCCCGGGCCAGACCCACACGCAUCAGCACCUACACCGAAGAGGGUUUGCGGUGCUCGGCCUCUGGAUCUCCAUAGUCCACCUUGCGCUCCAGAGAGUGAAUGGAUGCGUUCUCCUGCUGGCAAUGUUACGGAUCGACAGCCCUGAUCGCCCUUACGUACCUCCAUGCGAUGUGGUCUGUUGGGGUCUGUCUCGGAGCACCAGUAGAACCCGUUCCCUCCCAAGUACAUCACGUACCCUCCUUGAGCGACAAAGGAGACGUAAGCAUCGAGUUCGUUCAGGCUCGGGUACUCCGGAUGAGAACCGGUGAUCAGAAUGUCAUAGGAUUUCACGGCAUCGAGGCCUCGGAUGUGAAGAUCGUGUUCUGUCACCACAUCGUAGCCACCUUUGCCGAGUUUUGAUUCGAGGAAGCCGAGCAUUAGUAGGUCGGCGCUGAACUCGCGAGGUCGAUGGAAUGCCCAGUGGACGUAGUCUGGUCUCAUAUUCAGGAUCGGCCUCUUUGCCGAGGAGAAGACGUUGGCGGAGCCAUCUUUG